CUCUUACAAGAGGCACUUAAAGGCAGCAUACAAACAUUUUGUAACAAGUCAUGGCUGCACCGUUGGUCAGGACUUUCUUAAAGUCUUGCAGACAGAUCUCUCGACCAUGGGGGACGUGCCAGACUGGAUGGAGGAGCCUAUCCACCAGAUCUGCCCCAGAUGUGGCUUCAGACCAGGCAGCAGGGGUGGUCUCCUUUCCUCCCCUUCAGACAUAUUCAGAGGAGGAGAGCAUGAUGAAGGAAGCAGUGAAAAAAUAUGCACAAGAGCGCAUCGCACCAUUUGUGUCAAAGAUGGAUGAAAAUUCUGCCAUGGACGAGGAAGUGAUCAAAUCUCUCUUUGAACAGGGUCUCAUGGGCAUUGAGAUCGACCCAGAGUAUGGUGGCACCGGCUCUUCGUUCUUCUCCAGCAUUCUGGUCAUUGAGGAGCUGGCAAAGGUGGAUCCCUCUGUGGCCGUGCUCUGUGACAUCCAGAACACGCUGAUCAACACACUGUUUUCCAAACUGGGUACGCCAGCUCAGAAAGAGAAGUACCUCAGCCGACUGUCAACGGACAUGAUUGGAAGCUUCUGCCUCUCUGAAGCAGAGUCGGGGAGUGAUGCCUUUUCUCUGAAGACAAGUGCUGAAAAACACAAGGACUAUUACAUCAUCAAUGGAUCCAAGAUGUGGAUCAGUAAUGCAGAGCAUGCAGGUGUAUUCCUGGUGAUGGCCAAUGUGGAUCACUCUGCUGGAUACAGAGGCAUCACCUGCUUCAUCGUAGACCGGGACACUGAGGGGCUUGAGAUUUGCAAAAAGGAGAAUAAGCUUGGCCUGCGUGCGUCCUCCACCUGCCCGCUUAACUUUGACAAUGUCAAGGUACCAGAGAAGAACAUUUUGGGACAAAUUGGUCAUGGGUACAAGUAUGCCAUCGGAAUGCUGAACGAGGGUCGGAUUGGCAUUGCCAGUCAGAUGCUUGGACUGGCACAGGGUUGCUUUGACCACACCAUUCCUUACACCAGACAGAGGGUGCAGUUCGGAAAACGUAUCUUUGACUUCCAGGGCAUGCAACACCAAAUUGCACACGUAGCAACACAGAUUGAAGCUGCCCGGCUGCUAACGUAUAACGCUGCUCGUCUGAAAGAGGCUGGGAGGCCUUUCAUUAAGGAGGCCUGCAUGGCCAAAUACUUCACUGCAGAGGUUGCAACUCUAACCACAUCUAAGUGCAUUGAAUGGAUGGGAGGGGUAGGCUUCACCAAAGACUACCCCAUAGAGAAAUACUACAGAGACUGUAAAAUUGGCACCAUUUAUGAGGGCACGACAAAUAUCCAGCUAAGCAGUAUGGCCAAGUUCAUUGAUAAGGAGUAUGACCACUGAAACCAUCUGACCGGUGCCUGAUAGAUUUCACUCUGCUGUGUUACACUCCGUAUGUUUUUUUCUAAAUGACUUUAUUGGGAUUAAUGCAGCUGCGAUGCAUUACUUUCAUGUUUCUGGGGUUUUGUUGUAGUUUCAACUUGUAAACUUGUAAAGUAGUUCCCACUACCAAUGUUACUGAUGUAGUUACAGUUCCUCAGCUUUGGGGUUAAAGUUAGUCAGGUUUAAUGAUUAAAAAAAAAAAAUUCAUUCACUUUUGAAAGUCCUCUGUGACUGAGAUCAGUGAGUUCAUUGUGUUUUUUUCUUUACUGGAUCCUGUAAAACAGGUGCAUUGUAACACGUCCCUCACAUGCUCCAUAAAUACUGUACAGUUCCUUGUUGGGAAAAUUUGACAAAGCAAAUUCAUAUCAUGACAAGAAAUUAUCUGUAAAGAAUGAUCUGUCAAUAACUGACCUAAUCAAUAAAUGUGAAGUAUGCCCUGGCGCAAUCAACCAUCCUCUUUGUUCAGGAUGGAGGCGUUGCUUGUUUGCAGAUUAAUACCAAGUCCUGUCACUAGAUGGGAGCAUUCUCCAGAGAGGCAACGUCGCUCUGAGAGGAGGCUGCUUCUCACUGAAAGAGCAGUCAAUUACCGUGUCUUAUAACAGCCUGUCACCUCUAAUGAUAUUUUAUAUCAGUUUAAUUAUGCUGGUGCUUCAGAUGAAAAGAGCCUGCCUUGCAUAAUUGCCUCACUGAUAAUUUUUCAAAUUAUAUUGAUUACAUUUUCGUGUCCUACAUGCUGCUUAAAAUGAGGUUUAUUGUUUUACACAAAACAGACAAGCUGUGUCCAAAUAUACAGACACCUAAUAGCUAUUACCCAUGACCCCUUGAAAGAAAUGUAUAUUUAUUUAUUUGCAAGGAAUCUGUUUAACAACAAGAAAGCCACCAGUUUACUGACAGUGCUUACCAGUAUUAACAGGGAUGGAAAAAAAAUCAGGUUCAUAAUUGCUGCAAUGGUACAGAUUGGCAGUAUGUAUGUUCAAAUUCCCAUGAAGUUAAUGGAUAACAGUAUAAACAUACAUUAGUCUGACAAAGCAUUCUCUAUUCUCUUCACAUUUUAUUAAUCAUCCCUAUUACUGAACAUGGUAUGAAAAAAAUGAAUCUCAAUUUUGGAAGAGAAUUACCUCAAAUUUAAUGUUACAAUUAUAAGAUUACAUUUACUGAUUAAUUUAUGAUAAUUAUUUAGUGUCAUCUGUUGACACCUGAUCAAAGAGCAGUUUUUGAGUGUUUUUUCCACAUAUGAAAUUAGAUUCUUGUCCUCUUGAAAACCUUGGGUUAAAUGUGUCUUUCUGUUACUCCAAAGUGAACAUGACAGGUUGAAAAUGAUUGCUCAAACAGACAUAUCAUUUCCUGUCUAAUUAAUAAUAUCAGCUCCGUAUUUGCCCGGACAUUUCCAAAAUCACUUAAACGACAAAGCUGAAAGGGGGAAACACAGGCCUGUGUUUGCAUCAUUGAUCGAGUGUACUCUGUUUUCCCCUCUGAUCCACUCGGACUCGUUCUGUCUGUUCAACGAGCCCCUGUUUGAUGAACAUAAUCUGAUGAAAACACAGCUAUCUGCUUUUCACUUUGAAUUGGCAAACGCAGCUCGACUGGCCUCUUUCUCCGCCCCCAUCUUUAACACAGCUAUGAGACCUCUAAUUAUGCAGGGAUUCAAGUAGCUUUUCACAAAACACAGUGUUGUCCUUUAGAGCUGGAGAGCGCUCCACGAGCUAAAAGGACAUGCUGCAUGUUUGUAGGUUGAGCAAAUUCAAUUUGUUUGAUUAGUUCACUGCAUCUGCUUCAAGUUUGGUUUAAAUGAUGAAUCUUAAAUGCACCCAGAGUUGAGAUUUUUCGUACAUUUUCUUUAUUUUUAAGGUGAACUUUCACCUUAAAUUAUCCUAAAGAUGUCUACAUAAAUACUGAGGGGCCUUCUCAUCAUUGGCCAGGACUGACAGACAUGAUUUCUGUGUUUGGGGUUUUAUCACUGACAGAUUUGUGUAUUGAUGCAAAGCACAUUGUGGGGGCCAUUUGUUUGAUUCAACCCAGCAAGAUGGCCUCUCAAUCUUUAAUUUUACUUUGGUCCUCAGUCUCAGUCUGAAAGCAGAAACAAAUACA